CUCUGUGACCCUGACUCAGCCCGCAACCUGCUUGUCCGAAAGCGUCAAAGAUUUCAAAGGGGAGAAAGAAAUGUCAUAUGAAGAUGGACCGAGCAUGUUCCAAGACCAGCUGGCGGAGAAGGUCCGGCCUUUCAUAGACUUAAUAGAUGACAUGAGAUCCAUAGGGAUAGAUAAGGAGCUGCCACUGCCAACCAUUGCUGUGGUGGGAGACCAGAGUUCAGGAAAGAGCUCUGUGCUUGAGACCCUUUCUGGGGUGGCGCUGCCCAGAGGGACUGGUAUUGUCACCAGGUGCCCACUGCUACUUAAACUGUGUAAUGACAGGUCAGUGAGAUGGAAGGCUGUCAUCUCAUACGGAGGCAAAUUCAGUUCUGAUUUUGACGAACCCUCAGAAGUCGUGAGACACGUUGAACAAGCUCAGAACACGUUAGCUGGAAAGGGAGUUGGGAUAUGUGAAGACCUGAUCACUCUACAGAUCACAUCCUCCACGGUGUGUGAUCUCAGUCUGAUUGACUUACCCGGGAUCACCAGGGUAGCUGUGAAAGGACAACCAGAUGACAUUGGAGCCCAAAUCAAUAAUCUCAUUACAAAAUACAUCAAGAAUAAGAGAACCAUUAUUUUGGUGGUGGUACCAUGUAAUGUUGACAUAGCAACAACAGAGGCCCUGAAAAUGGCACAAGAAGUGGAUCCUGAAGGCACAAGAACUCUGGCCAUUCUGACAAAGCCAGACCUGAUAGACCCGGGAGCAGAGAAGAAUGUGUUGGAAAUUGUCCACAAUAGAGUCAUCGUUCUCAAUAUGGGCUAUGUCAUUGUGAAAUGUCGUGGUCAGAAGCAAAUUGAUGAAAACAUGUCCAUAGCUCGUGCGAUUGAGGAUGAGUUGGAAUUCUUCCAAAAUCAUGAACACUUCAGAUCCCUCUUGCGUCAGGAGAAGGCAACCACCAAGUGCCUAGCCACUAAGCUCAGCAAUGCCCUGGUGAAACAGAUCAAGAAAUACCUGCCCCAGAUGUCAGAGAAGAUAAAGGAGCAGCUGGCGGAUGUAAAGAUUGCAUUGAGUAAAAUAGAGUGUGGGCCUCCCCUGGAACCUGCAGAGAAGAGAAAGUACCUCAUUCAGGUCAUAACAGAGUUCAAUGAGCAGAUUACCCAGCUGUCCACAGGGGAUAUUAUCGUUGAGGAAAAUCUAUUUGAGCUCAUGCGAAAGGCAUUUAUAGACUGGAUGGAAUGUCUGAAAUAUGCCAAAUCAAAUUACAACGAUGAAGUGCAACAAGUGGUCAAUGAAUAUGACAAGGAACACAGGGGAAGCGAGCUGCCUGGUUUCAGUAACUACAGGGCAUUUCAACAUGUUGUUCAGAAACUAGUGGCUAAACUUAAGGAUCCAGCUAUGGCGACACUAGAGAAAAUCAGAGAAAUGGUGCAGAAGCAAUUUGAUCAAUUGUCCAGAGAGAGCUUUAAGAAUUAUCCUUAUCUUCAAAAGUUCUCAACGAUGAACAUUGAAAGAAUCCAGGAAGAUCAGUCAAAAAUAGUGAAGGAGAGGAUCAAGGAGCAGUUUGAGAUGGAGAUGCAGGUCUACACACAGGAUGAAAUCUUCAACAAGUAUAAUCUUGAAGAGGGGGAAACAACAGACAACUCAGAGCACGACACCAGGAGCAAGUACCCAGGGCUGCUCAAGUCAUACUAUGAGAUUGUGGUGCAAAGACUGGCUGACCAGGUGCCCAUGCUGAUCCGUUACUUCAUCCUCAAGCAGUCAGCCAAGAUUGUGUGCAGUGAAAUGCUGGAUCUGCUACACAGAGACAACACUGAUGACAUCCUACAGGAGGACUUGGAGAUCGGACACUAUCGUGCAAAGUUGCAGGCCCAAGCGGACCGCCUUUUACUGGCCAAUGACAAAGUCAGCAGCCUCUGAGAGGGUGACGCCUAGACAGUUACAAAAUUCAGAGAUGUUGCCAAAAAAAGAAACUGUUUAAUUAACUGCUGGAUCAGUGUCCCAAAAUCGGGACAGUUACUGCUCAAUAUGCAAUAUUUGACUAGAAUGGCGUUGUUAACAACAGCCAACUUUCUGGGACAUAGACAUGUCUUGUAUCGUCAGAAAGCUUAAAUUAUUGUUAAUCUAACUGCAGUGUCCAAUUUACAAUAGCUAUUACAGCGGAAAAAUACCAUGCUAUUGUUUAGGAUAGUGCACAACAACAAAACACUUUUAUCAAGGCAACUGGUUUGAUACAUUCACCUCUGAAGGUAAAUAAUGUACCUACAUUCAGUAAUCUUGCUCUGAUUUGUCAUCCUGAGGGUCCCAGAGAUAAAAUGUAGUGUAGUUUGGUUGAUGAAAUCAAUUUUUAUAUCCUAACGUCUGCUGUUCAGACGACCCCAGUGAAAUCCAACAGGAGGAACCAGAGGGCGGCCGGAAACGCAAAAGGUUGCAGUACCAAGCGGAUCACCUUGGACUGGCCAAUGGCAAGACUAGUAGACUGUGGUUGACAAUUUGUCAAUGCAGAAAUUCUGAGAUGUAGCCAACAAAGACUACAAUAAUUAUACCUACAUUUGAUCUCAGCAUUCAGAAACAUUGUAAAUGAUGGUCAUCUCUACAUUUUAGAGUUGUCAAAAUUGUGAUUCAGAGAAAACGAUUUGACAGUUGUAUCAUCACAUAUCUGCAAUGUGGAGUGUUAUUAUGUUUUCAUCUCAUAAUGUACUAAUGAAAUAUGUGAAGAUGGUUGAUAUUAUUAUUUAAAGUGACAAAUGAAACAAAGGUUGUAUCCAUUUUCUGAUUGGUCAGAGCGCAUCGAUGUAGAGAAACACUAUAGGAUGGCAUUAUAACGGACUUGAUGCCAGUUUUGAUAAAAAAGUGAAUAACAACCGUGAUAAUGUCAGGUUCCUCUUUAAAACUGGAAUGGUUUAGUUAUAAAUGAUGUUUAAGGAGAUUUGAAGGAGAUAAAGA